CUUGCCUGUCUCGAUGGAGUUGCCAAUUUGGUGAUGAUCUCUUGGCGCAGGGCUUGGCUUUGACGUGAGCUUCGUUAGGGUGCCCGAGAUUGUCGAUACAAUCUCCGUAUUCUACUUGUUUUGUGAUGGGAACCUACUUGGUUCUGGCAAUACCUAGAAUGGCCAUACCUAAAAUUGACGGCUCAUCACUUUAUAGUCAGAGUGGUGGUUUUGAACAUGAAACAUUAAAGCGACUAUUGAAAGGCUGGAUUGUAACGGUGCCAGAGACGGCGAGCACAGCCAUGAAUUCAUCAGCCGGGGCUGCCAAGUCAAGACAAAGUUCGCCGAGCGCAGAUUUGAGUUCGGAAAGCCUGCGCGAGGCAUGUACGUCAAUCGCUCCCUACACAGCCAUAUUUUUUCAUCUAUUUGUUAUUUUCCCGACGCUGCUGACGGAAGGCCAAGAGGCUGUGCUUUGCGCGUGCCGUUUGCCCAGCCGGGAGAUCUUGAUGCUAGGCUGUUUGGCGGGUGACUUUUGCAGGGGACUGAACCAGGAAGGGGUGGCCUGCCAUGUGAUCCUUGUCGACCGGUUCAGGAGAGGAGCAUGCGAUUCUACUUAUCGUCCCGGGAAUUUCCUAUCCAAACCGGAUCUUAAAUUUGCUGACAUCCAAAAUGGUCAACCACCUCUGCCCCUCUCUCUGGGCGCAUCUCCUCCGACUGGCCUCUGCCAGAAGGACCAGAUCCACCUUCGUUCGACCUUGGCUCCGUCUGUUGCCCCGCUUGUCUUCCCACCUCUACUCGGUAAUUUGCCCAGCGGCCAUGCCUGGCGCCGACGGCACGAACCUUUCCUAGCUUGGUGGGCGACUUGCACUCAUUGCAUGGCGAGGUUUCGUGAGACUGGUCGUGCAGCCUGCCACGGCCAAAAGGAACACACACCUCCCUCGGCCAACCAACUGAGAGCUCACGCAGUGCGACCACUCCAAUGUCUGCCAAGCCGUUGCUCAUCAGAUGAGAGACGUUGCUUGGAUGCUUUCCCACCUGUCACAGCGAACUGAAUGGAUACCGACUUGCAACCUUGCGGACCCUGUUUCUUGAUGCACCAAGGGCCCCAUACACCUUCACUUGCGAGCUGUGUUGUGCAGCAUCGCGUUCAAAACCCCACGUUUUGUGGAGGGGUCGAAACAAAAGCAGAUGUAACCCCGCAUUCUGAAAUGGCUUGCGUCGUAUCGUCCCUUGAGCCCUUGAGGCGCUUGCAAUGGUUGGAUAGAACGGGAAAGCCGAGCGCACCCUGCCCUGACAAAACAAGCGUCAAGGAGGGAGCCGUUGGAACUCGAGAAAACGGAGGUCGAG